CGUCACAACAGUAUUGUCAGGUUCAUCGUGGUGCUUAUUGCAUGUUAUGGGUCGCCUUUUCUGACGUCUCUCGAGGAACAUCCUUGCAACUUACCGAGGUCACAGCUCUCGAUCUUCGCAUGCCGUAUUGAUACAUUUCGUAUACUGCUACGAUGGGGGAUUUUAAUCCCAGCUUCCAGUUUGACUUUGGCGACGGUGCGGCCGCCGCCCAGCCUGCAUGGGAGUUCGCCGGUGCCCUCCGCCAAGCCCAGCUAGAGGGGCCGGUGCACGGCACCAGCAUCGACCACAAAAUCUCGCAGCGCCUGCAAAAGCAAAAGCAGGCGCAGCAGCCGCAGCAGCAACCCAGUAAGCGGGGCGAUGCGGCAAAGCAGGCGCAGCAGCAGCAGCGGGGGGGCCAGGGCGAGCAGCAGAAGGGGCGUGUGAACGGCAAGCGGAGCCGAGUGGAGCGAGACAGUGACGAGGAGGAGGAGGAAGAGGAAGAGGAGGAGGAGGAGGAGGAGGAGAGCGAGGAGGAGGGUGAUGAUGAUGAGGAGGAGGACGACGAGCCGCUGCCCGGCGAACUAGAUGACGACGACGAACAAGAGGACGAUGAUGAUGAUGAUGAUGAGGAGGAGGACGAGGACGGGGAAGAGGAGGAGGAGGAGGAGGCUGCAGCGCCCGCCCGCGGCAAGCAGCAGAAAGCAGCAGCAGCUGCUGCUAACGGCAAAGCAGGAGCGGGUGGGAAAGGCGCAACAGCAACAAAGAAAGCGGCGGAAGACGCGGAGGAGGAGGAGGAGGACGACGACGAUGAGGGCGAAAGUGAGGAGGACGACGAGGGCGAAGAUGAGGAGGAGGAGGAGGAGGGUGACGGCCGUAAGGCUAAAGCGGCAGGGGCAGCAGCAGCAAAACAGCGGCAGCAGCAGCAGAGGGCGAACGGCAAGGAGGCGAAGAAGAAGGGCUCCUUUUACAGCGAGACGCCCGAGGGCACCAAGUUCAGCUCCGCCUCCUUCGCCGACCUCAACCUCUCCAGGCCCCUGCUCAAGGCGGUGGAGGCGCUAGGCUACAAGACACCCACACCCAUCCAGGCCGCCUGCAUCCCCAUCGCGCUGGCGGGUCGCGACAUCUGCGGCAGUGCGGUCACGGGCAGCGGCAAGACGGCUGCCUUUGCACUGCCCUUCCUGGAGCGGCUGAUGCACCGGCCGCGGGGGCUGGCGGCCACCUACGUGCUGGUGCUGACCCCCACUCGCGAGCUGGCGGUGCAGAUCCACUCGAUGAUCGAGAAGCUAGCCCAGUUCACGGACGUGUCGGUGGCGCUCAUCGUGGGCGGACUCAGCCUCAGCGUGCAGGCGGCCACAUUGCGCAAGCUGCCGGAGGUGGUGGUGGCCACCCCCGGCCGGCUGCUGGACCACCUGCGCAACAGCCAGAGUGUGGGGCUGGAGGACCUGGCGGUGCUGGUGCUGGAUGAGGCGGACAGGCUGCUGGAGAUGGGUUUCCGCGAGGAGGUGACGGAGGUGGUGCGCUGCGCGCCCCGCAAGCGGCAGACCAUGCUCUUCUCCGCCACCUUCAACGACCAGGUUCGUGACCUGGUGUUGUUGUCGCUCAAGCAGCCGGUGCGGCUGGCGGCGGAUGCGGCGCUGACGGCACCCCGGCAGCUGGCGCAGGAGAUUGUGCGUCUCAAGGGCCCCGCUGCCGCCGCCGCCAAGGAGGCCGUAGCUCUGGCGCUGUGCAGCCGCUCCUUCAGCGGCGGCCGCACCAUUGUGUUCUGCUCCACCAAGCAGCGCGCGCACCGGCUGAAGAUCCUGUUUGGGCUGGCGGGACUGCCGCCUGCAGCCGAGCUGCAUGGCAACAUGUCCCAGACCGCGCGGUUGGAGUCGCUGGAGUCCUUCCGCCGGGGCGACACCGCAUACCUGCUGGCCACGGAUGUGGCGGCACGAGGACUGGACAUCCAGGGGGUGGAGGUGGUUGUCAACUACGAUGCGCCCGCCAAGCUGGAAACCUACCUGCACCGAAUUGGUCGUACGGCACGCGCUGGGGCCGCCGGUGUGGCCGUAACCCUGGUGGAGGAUGGCGACCGGCAAUUGCUGAAGGAACUGAGUCGCAAAGUGACCCAUGGGUCAUCCAAGGAGGGGGGAGCGGCAGCAGGCGGAGUGGCGUUACGGCAGCGGGUGGUGCCGCCGCAAUCGGUGACGCAGUGGCAGGCGCGGAUUGAGAAGAUGGCGUCCGACAUCUCCGCUAUCCUGGCCGAGGAGCGGCAGGAGGCCGACCUGCGUAAGGCUGAGAUGGAGGCUAACAAGGCUGCCAACAUGUUGGAGCACGAGGAUGAGAUCCGGGCUCGACCCAAGCGCACCUGGUUCCUCAACGACCGCCAGAAGAAGGAGCUGCAGAAACGUAGCGCGUCAGCAGCAGCGGGAGGGGAGGCGGAUGAGGGGGGUGAUGAUGAUGACGACGAUGAGGGUGGAGAUGGAGGCAAGGGGGCCAAGGCCAAGGCCAAGGCCCAGAACAAGGCUGAGCGGCGAGCUGCGAGGAAGGCGGAGGCGGCUCAGGAGGCCAAGGACAAGGCGGCGGGCAAGCGCAAGAGUAACACAAUGGACCCCGACGCCGAGGCUGCCCGCCCCAAGGUGCGUUCCAUCAAGACGCUGGCUCGCGAGCUGCAGCAGACACACGGGCUGACGGCCAUCAAGGCGGCACGACUGGCAGCGCAGCAGAUCACAGGCCUCAAAUCAGGCACCAAGAAGGCCAAGAGCAACAAGAAGCAAAAGACCUCCUCCCAGGCCUCUCCAGGCGGAGGCGGAGGCGGCGGUGACGACAGCGCUGGCGGCGGUGGAGGCGGCCAUGCGCUGUUCUCAGGUGACGGCCUGAACACCAGCCGGCCAGGCAAGCUCUCGGUUGGGUCGGGAGGCGGAGCAGGAGGCAAGGAUGAUGGGUUCAAGUCGAUCGGGCGCUUCGGGGGCAAGCUCAAGUCGCAGCUCAGUCGCGCCGAGCUUAAUAAGCUGAAGCGCGGCGGAAAGGGUAAGAGCGCGUUUAAGAGCAAGGCGCGGUUCAAGCGCCGGUAAAGUUGGUGCGAAGCGGAUGAGAGUGGAAACGGUGCUGGGGUUGUUCCCCAAGCGGCGUUUGGAUUGGAAGAGUGAGGGGGUGUUACCAAGGCGGCAUGUGGAUUGGGAUGGAACGGGUUGUUGUAGGCAGGUGGCUUGGCGCCCGGGGCUGGACUUUUGCGCUGUUUGCGGCGUUUCCUUUAUAAGGUUUCAGCAGCAGCCGUGACCAUGUGGGGUGAUAUUCCUAAGAUUAUGUGUGUUGCUGGUGAUGGGGAGGGAGAGCGGGGAUGCGGUUGUACGAGGUGAACAAGGGCUAGGGGCCGGCAGUACGUACGAUUUGGGAGGUGCAUGGGAGGUGGUGGUGUGAAGAUCUUGCUGGUCGUCUUGUGGAAGCGUUGCGGAUUGCCCUCGCGGUAGAAAGUUGCUAGGGAUUGCGGAGCGUGUGUGGUACGGUACAUGCGGGGUAUAGGGGUGUAGGGGCGGCUGGGGUGUUCUCACACUACCGGUACCAGGGGUAUUGAGAAGCCAUGUCCUUGGUAAGGUAAAUCGUGUAUCCGCCGUUCAGAAGGAAGAGGGUUAGGGUAGAAGUUGAAAGCAGCGAUUGAAACUUGGAUGUGUGCGUCUUUGUGUGCCAACAGGGAACGAUUAGCUCAGGUUAGCAAGGAGCAGCACUUUCCGUGAUCAGUCCAGGGACGGGAGAGCAGAGUCGUCACGCCACAUCACACGAGUUGCCAGUCCUUACCCUUUUCUGGCAGGCGUCCUUUCAGCGUUGUUAUGGGAAGUGUACGACACCAGUCAAGAGGUCGUGCAAUGCAGCACCAACACAAGUCGCAUGCUGUGCAGCUGUUAAGAUUGACUGCCUUCGCCGCUUGCCAAGCUGCUCGGGCUGGCUGAGGCUGGUGGGUUUAUGGGCGUGGAUUGAGCGGCUUUCAGUUCAUCCUUACACAUCCACUUGUAACACGCUC